UUUCCAGCAAAAGAGAAUUUGAGACGUUUGUUGUUGAGAAGAAAACACAGGUGCGCGUGCACGUUGAGUCUCCACGGUUCUCAUGCUGUGUUUAAGUUCCGCCUCUCAGGAAUCUGCAUCAGAACCGAACUCCCGCUGAUUCACGUCACGAUGGCAGAAGAAGUCGCUCCAGCUGCAGCCUCCGCACCGGCCAAGGCCCCGAGGAAGAAGAGCCCCAACCCCGCGAAGGGGCCCGGGGCCGGGGAGCUCAUCAAGGCAGCGGUCGCCGGCUGCAAGGGCAAGAAGGGAAUCUCCUUCAUCGCCGUGAAGAAGCAGAUGGCCGCGGCCGGGUACGAUGUGGAUCACAACGGGCACAACGUGAAACGCGCCCUGGGGAGGAUGCUGACAGACGGGGUCCUGGUUCAGCUCACAGGAAACGGAGCGUCCGGAUCAUUCAGGAUGAACAAGACCGUCGAGAAAGCCCCGAAGGCGGCGAAGAAACCCGCCAGGAAGCCGGCCCCCAAAGCCAGGAAGCCCGCGACCCCGAAGAAGAGCCCGACCCCGAAGAAGGCCUCGGUCAAGACGCUGAAAGGGGGCCGGAAGUCCCCCAAGCCCGCAGCCAAGAAGGUGAAGAAGGUGCAGAAAGCUACGGCUGCAAAGAAAGUGACCAAGAAGGUGGAGGUCCAGAGCCCGAAGAAGGUGGAGGCCAAGAAGCCAGUUGCAGCCAAGAAGGUUGUGAAGAAGGCGGUGAAGGCCCCGAGCACAAAGGUCCAGACGGUCGGAACCAGGAGAACAGCCCGGAAGUAGAAGUAGAAGAAGUGGAUGUAAACAAAAGGCUCUUUUCAGAGCCACCACCCGGUGCAGAGCCAAUGUCCUCAGAUAGAGUCACGUGCUCCAGCAGCAGAGACAUGGGUCUCAUCAAACUGGAUCUAGUUACUGAACUUUAUUAGCAAACUAUAUCUAGUUAUUAAACUUAAUAUCAAACUAUAUCUACUUACUGAACUUUACUAUCAAACUAUAUCUAGUUACUGAACUUUAUCUAGCAUUAUAAAGUUCACACGUUUUAUCAGUCAAAAUAUCUUAGUGACACUUACAUAUUUUAUGUAUUUACCUGUGAAGUCAGAAGUUCACACUCAUCUUCAAGAACAGAUUCAAAAACUUUCAUCAAACUUUAUUUAUCUUAAACUUAUGAUCAUGAUUAAGACUCACGUUUUGUUAAGACCUAAUCUGAACAUAUACUGCUAAAUCAUAAUGUAGAAGUUAUAGUUCUAUUUUUAACUGUUUCUACUGAAUGUGUCUUUAUAUAUAUGGUAAAUGGUUUUGUAUUUAUAAAUCUCUUUUCUAGUCUUGAUGA